GGCCCGCCCCCAGCCCCGGAAGUCCGUACCUGGCGGGUCCGCAGGCCCCGAGAUCCCGCCUGCCGCGCGCCGUCGCCCGCAGGUCAGUGUCUGUGGUGGGCGCCGGGGCCGUGGCCGCGGUAUGAGCGGGUGCGGGGCGAGCUGGGGGGCGGCUCCCGCAGCCCGAGGGCCUCCGGCGGUGCUGUCUCGGGACCGGGCCCUGGAAGUAGCUGAAAAGCUACCCAGAACGGGGUCCCUGGAGCCAGCUUUUCGAGCGCACUGCAGCGUCCUCCACGCUGGAAGAUAAGCCCCCCGCCCCUUGGUGACUCGUUCAUUCAGCCGGAGCUCAGGGACCUCGGGACCUUCUGCCGGGUGCAGCCUGUUGGCUCCGCAGCUGGUGAAGCCUGCAGAGCUGACUUUUUCCGCCCGCGUCUCCUGUUGAGAGAGGUGGCAGCACGUUCUGGGAUGUACAUGCAGGUGGAGACACGCACCAGCUCCUGCCUCCAUCUGAAAAGGGCUCCAGGCAUCAGGUCCUGGUCCCUGUUGGUUGGUAAGGACGUCCGCUUUUCCCCUCAAGUUAAAAAUUUAACUUUCAAAAAGGAUGAAGGUGAACGUUAGCUUGUCCCUGCUUCUACUCCUCCAAGACAUAACAGCUGUUUAAUUCUUCCGACUUUUAUGUUCUGUCUGUGCUUUUACAGAUGAUGUGUGUCUGUCUAGGCUUUUUUUUUUGUUAAACCAUUUAAUAGCUUCCGGUUAAUGCUCCGCAUGCUCUUCUGAGGUCCCUGUACUUCCCUUUUGUUUGCUUUCACACACCCAUUCCAGGCACAGGGUUUAUGCCAGGGCCCCCCCCUCCAUCCAGGUCAUACCCCUCAGAGGGCCCUGCAUCUGCCGGGCAGCUGUAGUGUGCUGCUUGGGGCUGACGUGUGAAGGGCGGUGCCUGUGCCGUCCACAGCCCAGCUCUGGCUUCUUUCCAGGGACCCUGCCAGUUUCAUCCCACGUGCCAGACUGGGCCUUUGUCUGCAGUCUGGUCUUAAAGUUCCGCUCCCUGUGCUGUUGGUGGGAGUCCAUCCACUCUGGAGGCUCCCGUACACGUCUGGUGAACACGGUGACUGGCGGAGAAUGUUCUCCUGAGCAGACCUCCUCUGCCGUGUCUCCACCUCUGAGCCUGGUGGUCGUCUCACCCCCGCGCCCUCAGCCAUCCCCGGGCCAUGGGCGGGGCCUUCGGGUCCUGGGGGGAGGCGGGUUCCGGGCUGGUGGUGGCCUUUUGGGAAGGUGCCUGCUUCCUUCUUGCAGGAAUCGCGUCCAUCGGCCUGGCUGCUGCGUAUUACAGUGGAGGUGAGAUGCGUCAUGUGCCCCUGGAACUUCCUCGGCUGACUGACGGGAAGUUAGAGAAAAGGAGGGGCUGCUGCUGCGUGUGACCCGCCAGGGCCCGGCUUGGCACGUCGCCCCUGCCUCUCGAUGGUGUGCAAGGCGGCCCCACCUCUCUGCUGGCGUGUCCCCUGCAGGUGGCAGUCCUCCCACUCCAGCAUUUUCUUUGGCCGUAAAACAGCCUUCAGAAAGGCAGGCUCACAUCCGCCUCGGGUUCUUUGCAGGGAUGGUCCCUGUGCGCAUGCCCACCUUCCCGCUCUCACACGCUGCGCCGCUACUGUCGGCUCCAGGAGACCCCGGGGGAGAGCGGAGGGUCCGCCAUGUGGUGCGGCCAUGGUGGCAGGGGCUGUCCUUGCAGGUGUGGGCGGUCAGCCGGGUCCCCAGGUGUCCGGGAGGGGCACCUCGCCCCCCACUGCCAUCCCUCACUGGGCUGUCCGGUGUUCACUCCCCAGACAGUCUGGGCUGGAAGCUCUUCUACGUCUCCGGCUGCCUGUUCGUGGCCGUGCAGAACCUGGAGGACUGGCAGGAAGCCAUCUUCAGCAAGAGCACCGGGAAGGUUGUGCUGAAGACGUCCAGCUUGUACCGGAAGCUGCUGACCCUCUGCAGAGCGGGCCACGAGCAGGUGGUGGUGCAGCUCAGCGACAUCCGGGACGUGAGCGUGGAGGAGGAGAAGGUCCGCUACUUCGGGAAGGGCCACGUGGUGGUGCUUCGCUUUGCCACGGGCUUCUCCCACCCCCUCACCCAGAGCGCCGUCAUGGGCCACCGCGGUGACGUGGAGGCCAUUGCCAGGCUCAUCACUACUUUCCUGGAGCUGCACCGCCUCGAGAGUCCUGCGGAGCCGUCCCAGAGCAGCGACAGUGAGGCCGACAUCCUUGGGGACCACAGCUGACCCUGCACACCCCCAGCUUGGCUGUGACCCCCGGCUCCGGUGCCUCAGCAGGCCCAGAGGGCUGCCCGCAAGUCGGCCUCCGCUCCGGGCUUGGCCCUGGCAGCUCCGGGGCAGGACCCUCCACCGUUCCUGCUGUUCGCUUCUGCCCCCUGAGCCAAACCACAGCAGGAGCACCUCUGGCCUCCCAUCUGCCUCCUCCAGGAGUCAGACGACCUGCUAACCUCUGAAAGGGGAAGGCAGGACGCAUGAAGCCCAGGGCCGAGCUGGGCCAGGACGCUCUUCAGCCCCGGGUCCCAGGGCGGCAGUGAGGGCGUCAGGCAGGUCCUGCUGCGGAUGUCACCUCUGUGCACAGACCCCCGGGAUCCCUGCGUCUCCUGCCCAGCUCCCCACGCCAUCCCUCGCCAGGCCGGACACCCCCUGUGGUAGGAAGGAAGGUGCUUGCCCACGAGCUGCUGGGGCUCAGUGGAUGCCAAGGUGCCCGCCCACCCGCCCAGUGUGCUGCUGCCCCUCCCGAGGCCUCCCCCACGACCGCAAAAGGCUCAUCUCAGGCCCAGCCAGGCUUCGCCCCUCCCCGCCCCCAAGUAGGCAGAGCUUCUCUAGCCUCCCGCAGCAUUUACAGACCAGGAUCCCUGAGUUCCCUUAAAGCCGAGCGGGUUAAGGACCCGGUGUCAAUGCUGCGGCGUGGGUUCAAUCCCUGGCCUGGGGACUGCAUGCUGCAGGUGUGGCCAAAAAAGUAAAAUAAAAUAAAGGCGUGAACUGCUGUAAUUGA